ACAGAAGAUGCUGCUGAAGCUGCCGAAAUAGACAGAAAGAUCAAGGAGGUCACAGAUCUAACACGUAUGGACGGCAGUGAAGAUGACAAGAUUAAUGCAAUGGUUGCGCAGUCAACAAUGGCAUAUCAUCCAUCAAAAUAUGUAAAACUUCGUGUCAGCAAGAUGAUGGGUCAGGUGCCGUUAGAUUAUAAAUGCUUCAAGUGCCAUCAGGGUGGACACUGGGUGAAUAUGUGUCCACUUAGUCAUCAAGACUUGCGGAAGAGUACUGGCAUUCCGUCCAAAUUCCUGGUUGAGGUCAAUGACCCUAAUGCACCUGGUGUUAUGAUCAAUGCUUCAGGGAAAUUUGUGCGCCUCAUGGAUAUGGACAAUAGUACAGAAAACACAGAACAGAUGAUGCCUCCCACCAACCGACCUCCACCGCCGCCAGAAAUCCUUUGUAAUUUAUGCAAGGAGGUCUUGAGGGAUGCUGUCUUAAUCCCUUGCUGUGCUAAUGCAUUCUGUGAUGACUGUAUCCGUAACCAUCUCCUGGAAUCAGAAGAACAUGAAUGUCCUUCAUGCCAGAAAGAGGGUGUUGGUCCAGACACACUUAUUCCCAAUCGUUACCUUCGAGUGAAAGCCUUACAUUAUCAGAAUGGAUGGUUCAUAACAGAUAAAAAAUUGGACCGACAGUCAGGUGCAACAGAACCUUUAUGUCCCAUCCCACCUUACAUGCUUCCUAAACUCAAUACACCAACACCCCCAAGAAGUCCUGCUGCCCCUGCCAGUCCCUUGGAGCCUAAGAUCACUGAAAAUGUGUCAUCCACAUCAACUCCACCAGUCAGCCCACUACGGCCAAAGAGUGCUGAUGGGAUAAUGGAAAAUGGAGGAGCUGAUUCAGAUAAGGAAAAUCGAGAAGAGUCUUUGAGAAUGGAGCCAUCUCCUGAGCCAGAGACUCAGUUGGAUGAAAAUGGUAUCAGCAAAGCUAAAGACAAUAUGGAAGAAGAUCCAGUCCCUCCACAAGAACAACAGCAGGAAGGUGAGGUUGAUCAAGAAGGAGAUGGCCAGGGCUUGCCAGAUGAAUUAGGAACUGAAUUUGAGGGUUCUAGCAGACAUGAUUCUGAUGAUGAAAGAGAAGGAAAGGAUAGUAAGAAGAGGAGUAACAGGAGACAUUCUCACAGGAGUCAAGAUGGGAAGUCCUCAGAUGAGAGAGUGCCUGAGCGAGAGAUGAUUCAUGAUGCAAGGAAUAGUUCCAAGGAUGGAGAUAUGAUUGGGGAAGGUGAUGAUCUCUGGGCCAUUAGUGGUCCACAGACUGACAUCCAG